AUGGCGCUGUCUCUAGCAACUAUUGGAUUUUUGCUCACUGCAAACCAAUGUUGGGGCUUUCAGCCAUUGCCUGCACUGCCCAAUCGCUACCACAAUCAAUACACAAAUAAACUAUACCCACACCAAAUCCAGCAAGUUCCUCCACCAUUAUUCUUUCACAAGAGUUCAUCGUCCUCGCAACUGUUGGCAGCCAAGCGGAGAUCCAAUGCUGGCAGCGGCAACAGUAAUAACAAUAAGAAAAAGAACAGCAAGGGCACUGCACCCACCAAGUCCAAGAGCAAAGAAGCCAACCCUCCAAAGAAAUCAUCUGCAGCUGCAUCCGAUACCAACAACAACAACAACAAUACCCAGGGCCGCCAACACCGAGCCCCACCAUGGCAAGUCUUGAGUAAAAAAGAUGCCAAAAAGAAUGUCGCUGUGGAAAAACGACGAAGAGAACGAAUCCAACAGGGUUUGCAACCGGAGGAAAAAGAACAACAACCACAACAAGUGGUUUCCAAGGCAUUUCUAAGCCAUGUCGAACGCAGUUUCUUAUCCUGGAAACGAUUCAAUCCGUCGUCGGCAUCCUCGGGGAUGAAGUUUGUGGCUUCUGUUCUAGACCGACAAUUGCCUCCUCGUAUUGGAGUGCCAGAAAUUGCCUUUCUCGGACGCUCCAACGUGGGGAAAAGCAGUCUGCUCAAUCGACUCUCGUCUUUUUCGAGAAAGCAAGCGGGGUUCAAUGAUGAAGCACGUGUCGGAAAGACCCCAGGCGCCACUGCCAGUGUCAAUCUAUACGCCUUUUACAACAAAAAGGAAAAACCCUUGUUGGGAUUUGUAGACCUUCCUGGAUUCGGAUAUGCAAAAUUAUCCAAGGAUAUUAAAGAAUCCGUACAACAAACAGCCGAACGGUACUUGGACACGCGCAGAGAACUCGUCUUGGGAAUAUUGUUGGUCGAUAUUCGUCGUGUGCCCACGGAAGAUGAUCGCAUCGUAUUGGCGGCACUCUACGAUAUGGGAGUUCCCAUUGUGGUGGUGGCCACCAAAGUCGACAAAAUUUCCUCCAACAGUCUCGAACGACAAUUACUCGAUAUUCGAAACGGGUUGGGAUUGCCAGAAGGACAACCAUUGUGUGUCAGUAGUGUCACCGGAGAAGGCACCAAGCAACUUUGGAAUGUCAUCAUGGAGGGGGCAGAGAUUGGAGUGGAAGAGUACCGAAACAAGUUCCACAGAGGGGAAGCAGAGGACGACCAACAACUGGACGCAACAUUUAAUGAUGAUGAGUCAGACGAAGUAGAGGAGGAGGAAUCAUAUUACAGCCAGGGUUAUGAUUGGGUACAAAGUGAAGCCUAUAGUCGGGACAGGAGGAUGGAAGAAGACGAUUACUAUGAGCAGGAAGACGACGACAAUUUUGACGACAACGGAAGCGAUGAAAACACAGUGCCAAUACAGAAAAUAUCCAUCAAGGAUUUGAGGCGAAAAGCCAGGAGAUUGGAGCGUGACAACAUGGUAUGA